CUUCCAAACACUACUGUCCCACCGGAAUUUACUAGAGAACUUUCCGGACUCACUUAAAAUUACGGAAAGGAACCUUCGGGCGCAAAUUAAUCGGUGCGCCGUUUAUUUAUAUGUGUGAGAUAUGAGCGGGCCGCGAGCAGUUCUCGGUUUACAGCAGGAAGAUAACGACCAGGCUUUGUCACGGCAGCAGGCAGGAACCCGACUGAAGGCACGCUUUCUGGAAGCACUUAAGCGCAACGAUGCAGCCGAGGUGACAAAAAUACUUCGCACCACCAACAUUGACAUAGACACUGUGUUGGACGUGGAGGACUGCGAUAAGGUCCUUGCCUCAUAUAAAAAAGGUUACUGGUUACCGAGUUACAAGUUGGAGUCAUCCUGGGCAAUGGGUCUUCACGUGUGUAUGAUGUACAAUGCAUUGGAGAGUGCUACAGUCCUUCUGCAGAAUGGGGCAGCGGUCAACAGGAAACCGAACGGGAAGACCCCUUUACAUGUGGCCUGUACGGUAUCUAAUGUUGACUGUGUGGGGCUUCUGCUGGAAUGGAGAGCUCGGAUCAACAGUAUGUCCCUUAGUGGACAUACCCCUUUACACUACUGUGUUACGCCAGAGUCACUGGACUGCGCCAAACUCCUUAUUCUCAAAGGAGCAAACAUCAAUAUGCCCAGUGAAGAGAACCAGGACACCCCUCUGCACACAGUGGCCCGUUUCGGUAUCCCUGAGCUGGUGGCUUUCUACACUGCCAAUGGAGCCGAUGUCAAUGCAGUCAACUCUCACCUGGAGACGGCCCUGAUCACUGCUGCAUUUUGGGCCAUGGACAUGCGCGAGCGGACCUACAGUUCAGACCACCAUCUUGUGUGUCGGAUCCUGCUGGACCACAACGCUAACCUACAUUUAUAUGAAGAAGACAAGAAGACGGCCCUGCACAAGGCUUGCUGGAACUGUGACCAUGUGCUUAUACAGAUGUUGCUGCAGGCCGGUGCUAACCCUCUAGAUAUGGAUAUCAAUGGAUGUGCAGCUAUCCAGUAUGUGUUGAAGGUGGCACAGCUCAGGCCGUGGGCUAUUCCUGAACGCUGCUUUCAGCUGCUUCUCAACUACGGAGCAGCAAGAGUAUAUCCACCCCAAUUCCAUAAGGUGUUGCAGGGAUGCUAUGACUAUCCCAGAGCAGUGGAGGUGAUGGUGAAUUCUUAUGAACACAUAAAGUACACAAAAAAAUGGAGGGCUGCGGUUCCUGUAGCUGUAUAUGAGCGGCAUAGGAACUUCUAUGACUCUUUGUUUGCCAUCUGCACCAACAAUCCACGCACUCUACAACAUCUGUCCAGAUGUGCAAUACGUGCUGCAAUGUCAUAUCGCUGUGAAUUGGGUGUCCAACAACUCGUUCUUCCUCCAUCAGUAAAAAAAUACCUACUUUUGGAGCCUGUAGGUAUCAUAUACUGAUAUUAAAUAUCUACACUACAGACAUACAAUACGACUGCUGCAUAAUCACCAACACACUUAGUGGAACGUCAAGUUUGCAUGUCAGGCAUUCCAUAUAAUUCCAGUGUUAAUGCAGACAUGACAUUAUUUGUUGUUCAUAUGUUUCCAAAUAUGGCAAGCAUGCUUACAUUUUAUUUCAUUUUUUGCAAAGUUUUCUUUAAAAUAUUUAUUUAUUAAACCUUCACCAAUGGGCAAUGAUGAUGCUAAUAUAUUAUAUGUCCUUUUCUAAAUAUAAAAUACUUCCAUGCAUCACAAAAGGCAACAACAUGAUAGACCAACUGUGCUAUGCUGUUAUAAGUGUUCCCAGACCUUUUUAUCAAUUCUUUUCAUGACCUUAUCAUGACCAGUAGUCUGAAUACUUGAUAAGGAUUUUUCAAAGUCAUUAAUAGACAACGCACUCACAAGGAACAAAUUCUGACCUGUAAAUUAUUUAAGAAUGGAGUAUAACUAGAAAAAGAUUUGUCACAAUAGAAACUUCCAUGACCUUUCCUGGCCUAGAAAUCACAAUUUUAAAAUUCUCUGAUAUUUUCUGGUUUUCCAUGACCAUGGUAACCUUAUAUAAUUAAACUCAGGUUUGCAAUUUGUUUGAAGGGGAAACGAACAAUGGAAAAGUCCUAUUUAGUUUAAGAGGAUAAUAUCAGGGAGUAGCCUAGCAGCUCAUUACAGAUAGUUGAAUAGGAUGUGAUGUCUAAGCCAUUAUUUCUUUUGUCAGAGGAAAAAAUGAAGUGCUUAUCAGUGAUUAACCCGGAGUAAUUAUACAAGAGACAAAAAUAAUGGAUAGCUCUCUUUAGAAGGUCCUUGUUGCUUUAGAUCUUGCCUAUUUAGUUUAAAUAGCUAUAAAAGUGUCUUUAAUGGUAAUUUGAGACUUUGAGGAAUAAAAUUAUUAAUAAAAGUUGUAUGC